AUGGCUACCGAUAAAACCGUCGACCCGAUCCACCUGGAAGCUUAUGGCGGGCUCUCCCACCUCAAAAAUGCGAACCUCCAUGAUGCAUCGCUGGCUGGUGGUGCCUUGGAAGGUGCAGCACAGGAGCAUAGCAUGGGAGUCUGGCAGGGCCUCAAGGCUCACAAGCGUGCGGCAUUCUGGUCUGUCUUGAUAUCGACCACUGUCAUCAUGGAAGGUUAUGACGUUACUUUGCUCGGCUCUUUCUUCGGCUAUCCCAGCUUUCGGAACAAGUAUGGUGAAUACCUCAACGAGAAAAGUCAGUACCAAAUCUCUGCCAACUGGCAGCAGAAGUUCAAUUGCCUUGGGGCGCUAGCCAACAUCAUCGGUGCGUUACUGAAUGGAUGGGCCACUUCGAAAUGGGGCCACCGCAAGGUGCUUAUGGUCACCCUGGCUCUCUUGACUGGUUUCAUAUUCAUCGUAUUCUUCGCCCCCUCGAUCGAGGUUAUGCUUGUGGGACAGUUUCUCUGUGGCAUUCCAUGGGGAGUCUUUGCCACCACAGGACCUAGUUAUGCAGCAGAAGUUACGCCCUUGGCAAUUCGAGCAUAUCUUACGGCAUAUGUCAAUCUUUGCUGGUGCAUUGGUCAAUUCAUUUCAGCGGGUGUUCUCAAGGGUCUCGUGAACAACGAGACCCAAUGGAGUUACAAGAUCCCCUUUGCUGUUCAGUGGGUUUGGCCCGUCCCUCUCUUUAUUGCAGCGUGGCUUGCCCCAGAGAGCCCGUGGUACUUCGUGCGAAACGAUCGCAUUGAGGAUGCAAAAAGAUCACUUCAGAGAUUGACUCAACCGGAUCACCACGGCGACAUCGAUGCAACACUUGCCAUGAUGGUCCACACCAACAAGCUUGAAAUCCAAGAACAAAAAGGCGUGCAACUCUGGGACGCUUUCAGGGGCACCAACCGCCGCCGAACCGAGAUCGCCUGCAUGGGAUUUCUCUCUCAGAUCACCAACGGCGGCGCUCUCUGCUACAGCGGCUCUUUCUUCUUCCAACAGACCGGCAUCAGCGCCAGCGCAGCGUACGGCAUCGCCUUGGGAGGAACGGGCAUCGCGUUCGUGGGCACCAUCAUCUCGUGGGCGUACAUCUACAAACUCGGCCGUCGCACCAUCUGGCUCUACGGCUUUGCCUCGCUGGUGGCCAUCCUCUGGACCAUCGGAUUCCUCGCCUUGCCAAAGCAAAAUCUGAACCUGGCUUGGGCGCAAUCCAUCCUGUGUAUCGUCUGGUUGGGCGCCUACUCCAUGUCGGUGGGCCCGAUCAUCUAUGUCCUGGUCGCCGAAGUGGGCUCGACCCGAUUGCGAACACAAACCGUCGUGCUCGCACGAAGCACCUACUACGUUGGAAACAUCAUCUGCGGUGGGCUGCUUCAGCCACAGUUGAUCUCUCCUGGAGCUUGGGACGCCAAGGGCAAGACUGCUUUCUUCUGGGCCGGACUCGCCACAUUGACUUUUGUCUGGGGCUACUUCCGUCUUUUCGAGACCAAAGACAGGACGUUCGGAGAAUUGGAUUUCAUGUUCCAACAGGGCGUCACAGCUCGCAAGUCCGCCAAGUAUGAGAUCCCGACAGAGGAGCUCUACAACGCCGACGAGGACAUCAAGAGCUGA